CAGGGUUUUGCAUUUCAUCUUCUCUUUUUCGUCGCUGUUCGGCUUCGUUGCUUUGCAGAGGCGUAGAGAUUGCACGCGUCGUCGGCUCCUUCGUGGCUGUUAGACUUCGCUCCUUCGACGACUUUCCCUUGCUGUCGGAUCGGAAGUUACGACAUUUUGAUCGGAAGCAAGAACGGGAGCUCGCUGGCUGUGAAGGAUCCGAGUUGAACUGCUGUUCAAAUCCAGCGACCAAACGCAGUUGCAUUUCACAUGGGCGGUGUAGGUCGGCUUCGCCCAUCUGGUUUCCCCAUUGUGGCAUCAUAAUCACAGAAGGGAGACGACGAGAGGAGUUCGCGCAUCGAAAUGAUGCAGAUUCCUAACCUGGACAAUUCCCCUCUCAACUUCACCGCGCUCAGUUCUUCUGUUGGAUCGGAAGGAACAAAGACGACGGAAGCUUGGUCAAGGCGAAGAGCCCCUGGGUUUCAACUUUGGCGUGAAUCCGUCACCACUGAGAUGGUUAGCGGUACAAGCCAUCGGCCUCCGGAAAACGGGGAUAAGGGAACGGGCAACUGUCGCAAGGUGGUUGCUGGAGGCAGAAGCUCGUGGGGUACGCCGGCAUUCUCCGGUGGUCAGUCGGCUUCGACGAGCGGUAGCGCUGGCUCGCCGUCGAGUCGAAGCGAGCAGGCUCCAGCGGGCACCCCAGCAAGUGAGAGCACCAUUGCCCGGCGUAUAAAGCACCUUGAAGUCAAUGGAGACGAGGCGGGAUCGUCGCAAGGAGCAGCAAGUGCCAAAAAGAAAAAGAGGGGAACACGGGCUGUUGCAGGUGAUAAAAGUGGGAGGGGACUUCGACAGUUCAGCAUGAAAGUUUGCGAGAAAGUGGAAAGCAAGGGGAGGACGACAUACAAUGAGGUUGCAGAUGAGCUUGUGGCUGAAUUUGCAGAUCCCAAUAAUAAUCUGGCAUCUCCAGAUCAGCAACAAUAUGAUGAGAAGAACAUAAGACGAAGGGUCUAUGAUGCCCUAAACGUUCUCAUGGCAAUGGAUAUUAUUUCAAAAGACAAGAAGGAAAUUCAGUGGAAGGGUUUACCGAGGACAAGUCUAAACGAUAUUGAAGAAUUAAAGGCAGAACGUGCAUCUCUCAAGAGUAGAAUCGAGAAAAAGACUGCCUAUUUGCAAGAAUUGGAAGAUCAAAUCAUAGGUCUUCAGAAUUUGAUCCAAAGGAACGAACAAUUGCAUGGCUCAGAGAAUGCUCCUUCAGGCGGAGUGGCUCUUCCAUUUAUACUUGUUCAGACUCGGCCGCAUGCAACUGUUGAGGUAGAAAUAUCUGAAGACAUGCAACUGGUUCAUUUUGACUUCAAUAGUACACCCUUCGAACUGCACGAUGACACUUACGUGUUGAAGGCAAUGAGAUUCUGUGAAAGAGAACAGCAAGACGGCACACACGAACCCAUCUCCAAUGGCGGCGAGUGCUCCAGCACGCAGGGUAUAUAUCGAGCUCAGCUACCUCUGCUCCAAUGGCCCAGCCCCAGGAGCAAGUUGCCCACUUCACCACCUAUUCCUGGAAUUUUGAAAGCUCGUGUGAAACAUGAACAACACCAUAAUCAGUAAUCUCCUGACCCGUUUGUCAAAUGUAUCUCAUAAUUAUAUUUUUUCUUGUAUAGCUGGGAAGCAGCAACAGUUAGGUUUAAUGGAUAGUUGCUGUUUUCCUUGUAGCACUUUUUUUUUUCUGCAUAGAAUCUGUUUCUGGUUUAGGGAUCUAUGUUGCUUUGAUGUAAUUGUUUGUAUCAUUUUUCCACUCGGUUUUCUUGUUCUGCUUUGUGAUAGAAUGUUGGGGUUGAAGAUUGGUUUACAGAGAAUUUGGUACUAUCAGCUUUGUGGCAUUGGUUCUUCUUUCAUUGUUUAUGGUUUUUUGUCAAAGGAAGUUUAUAUUA